UCUCUUCGAUUCACUUCAACCUUUUCUGACUCUUGGCUGCUAAUUUGGGACGAAAAGUCGAACCCUCGAAGAAACCUACGCUGAUUCCUCAAUCUUGAUUGAUUCCACAAUCACUAAAUUCUCUACGAUGCGAUUCGACGAGCUGAUUUUGGAAUCGGAGGAUGAGCCUUUGCGUAUGCGGAAGUGUGGUGUUUGUCAAAUCUUGAGAAUGCGCGUUUAGGUUUAUUAAUCGAUGCGAUUGGGUUUGUUGUUGUGGCGGUGAUGGCGGAUGAUGACGUGGACUUUUCGGAACCGUUUCCUGCUGGAGAUGAUGACGGUGAUGACAUGCUUUAUAUUGAUAUUCAAACCGUUAUGAAGGUGCUCGAUGAAGACGAGUGUGACCUUCGGGAGAAUAGUCCUGAGGAUUCUUCAUCAAAAAAUGUUUCACCUAGUGAAUUUGGCUUUCAUGAUACUUUUCAGAUACAAAAUGGGUCUCAAGUGUUAGAAGAACCUCAUUUUUCAAGGUUGGACUUCGUUGAUUCAGUCACAAGCUGUUCUCCAUUCUGCUCAGAUGUGUCAGAUUCUGGUGCCAAAGGUUCAGUUGGCUUUUCUGAUUCUGCAGCAAAUUCUAUGCUCGACCGUGAACCUGAAAACCAGGGGCCCCAUUCUCAGGCUUGCUCUUCACCAAAUGCUUUUCCUGAUGGUUCAGCUUCACUCAGUUCUAUUGUUGAGAAUGGUGAUCUAAAUAUUGAAGGUUAUGUUGACGACAUUAUUGGAGGAGUUUCUGGGCAACAGGAAAAUGAAUCAUGUACAUCUUUUGAAGUAUCUUUCAUAGAUGCUGAUAGAUCUUUGCAUGUUGCAACUUCAGCUGAUUCUAAUAUUGGUCAAGGUUCCCAUGUUUCCAGUGAUUUUAUUGACUAUCAUCUAUCUUCAAAUUGUUACCAGGGAACAGACAACAGACCCUCUGUUGCUGACGCUUCUCUCAGUUUUUUGCCUAAUGGUAUUUAUUCUCAAUUGUGGACAAAUGAAGAAACAAUGAAUAACAUGAAGGCUGAAAAUGUUGAGUUAAAUACUGACAUUGCAUGCAUGAGUAAUGGCAUGCCCUCAAGCUCUAUUGGGGAAAUAUCUUUUCAAGAUAGUCAAAUUAUGUUAGCUGAUAGUGGUUAUCCAUCAUCUUUUUCUACUAAAGUUUUUUUUGAUGACAUGUCACCACUGCCGCUUUCAGCUUGUGCUUCUUACAUGUCAUACAGAGAUCAUUACCAAAACAAUUUUCACAACAAUGAUGCUGAGUUCAAUUUAGUUCAAGAGAUGAAACAAACACCUGAUAUUUUUUCUCCUACAGGGUGUCAGACCUAUGAAUGCUUUAAGAAUGAGGAUAAUUGUGCAGUUAGAACAUCAGACAUGUCCAAUCAUUAUCAAUAUAUCAUUGAUGGGACUGCUAGUUUUCAAGGAAACAUGGGCAAUUCAAAUUUAAAAGAUGAAGAUAAACCUUGCCCUAAUGCUCAAGCACUUAUUGCCAGUGAAAAGCAGUUUGGUUGUGUUAAGAGAGAAGGAGGAGGCAAAAUGAUUCAACAUAAACAUAUUGAUUCUCAUCUUUCAAGAGGUAGAGCUGACAAUUUCCAAGUUGAGACCGACCCUGAUGUUUGCAUUAUUGAAGACAUUAGUCAUCCUGUGCCAACAAGUCAAUCUGCAGACAUUGGAAAUCCCCUUAAUAUAUCACAAUCUUAUAGAUAUGUUGAUUCCCAACCUUACAUGGUUGGAAGCUCAAGGCUGAAGACAUGUGAUGAGCGAAAUAUAUUACGAGUUGCAUUGCAGGAUCUAUCUCAGCCAAAGUCAGAAGUUAGCCCACCAGAGGGAUUGUUGGCAGUUCCUCUUUUACGACACCAGAGAAUUGCUUUAGCAUGGAUGGUUCAAAAGGAAACAUCAAGUUUAUAUUGCUCUGGAGGAAUUCUAGCAGAUGAUCAGGGACUUGGAAAAACAGUAUCAACUAUUGCAUUAAUAUUAAAGGAAAGACCUCCAAUAUUCAAUGAGUGCGUCAAUGCCCCAAAAGGUGAAUUGGAAACUCUGAAUCUGGAUGUGGAUGAUGAUGAGGUUCCUCAGAAUGGUAAAGUAAAGGAUGGAUCUAAUAUGUGUCAGGAUAAGUCAAGUAUGAAUGCAAUCAAAAGCAUGGAUUUGUUUAUGCAAGCAAAGGGAAGGCCAUCUGCUGGAACCCUUAUUGUUUGUCCCACUAGUGUCUUGCGCCAAUGGGCUGAGGAGUUGAAUAAUAAGGUAACUAGCCAGGCAAACCUCUCUGUGCUAGUGUACCAUGGAAGCAAUCGAACAAAAGAUCCAUACGAGGUGGCUAAGUAUGAUGUUGUUCUAACAACCUAUUCUAUUGUCAGCAUGGAGGUCCCUAAGCAGCCUCUAGUUGAUAAGGAUGAUGAAGAAAGGGGAAUUUUUGAAGAUCAUGCUGGACCAAAUAGGAAAAGAAAAAGCCCUUCUAAUUCUAGUAAAAGUAGCAAGAAGAAAUCAGAUGGCACAAUUCUUGAGGCUGUUGCUCGACCUCUAGCAAAGGUGGCAUGGUUUAGGGUUGUCCUAGAUGAGGCCCAGAGUAUAAAGAAUCACAAAACACAAGUUGCAAGGGCUUGUUGGGGUCUUCGUGCUAAGCGAAGAUGGUGUUUGUCAGGGACUCCCAUCCAGAAUGCAAUUGAUGAUCUUUACAGUUACUUCAGAUUCCUUAGAUAUGACCCUUAUGCUGUCUAUACAUCAUUUUGUUCUACAAUUAAGAUCCCAAUUAACAGAAAUCCAUCAAAAGGAUAUAGAAAGCUACAAGCUGUCUUGAAGACAAUAAUGUUACGUCGGACCAAAGGCACACUGCUAGAUGGAGAACCUAUUAUUUCCUUGCCGCCAAAAUUUAUAGAGCUGAAAAAAGUUGAUUUUUCAAGGGAGGAACGUGAUUUCUAUUCCAGACUGGAGGCUGAUUCACGGGCACAGUUUCAGGAAUAUGCUGAUGCCGGAACUGUCAAGCAAAAUUAUGUCAACAUUUUACUGAUGCUUCUGCGCCUUAGACAAGCUUGCGAUCACCCUCUGCUUGUCAAGCGUUACAAUUCUAAUUCUCUAUGGAAAUCUUCAGUGGAAAUGGCAAAGAAGCUUCCUCAGGAAAAGCAAAUCUCUCUUCUGAAAUGUUUAGAGGCUUCCUUGGCGCUCUGUGGCAUUUGUAAUGAUCCUCCUGAAGAUGCUGUUGUUUCAGUUUGUGGUCAUGUUUUCUGUAAUCAGUGCAUUUGUGAACAUCUUACUGGUGAUGAUGAUGACAAUCAGUGCCCUGCUACAAAUUGCAGAAGUCGACUGCGCAAAUCCUCGGUGUUUUCAAAAACCACACUGAACAGUUGUCUUUCUGACCAGGGCUGUGAUAAUUCAUCGGGUUGCUCUGGUUCUGAAGUGGAGGAAUUUGAGCCUUGGUCUCAGAGUCAGCCAUAUGAUUCUUCAAAAAUAAAGGCUUCACUUGAGGUUUUGAAGUCAUUGCGCAAGCCACAGUGCUAUACAUCAAAAAGUAUUUCUAUGCAAAGCACUUUCAGGGAAAAUAAUGACUGCCCUGGUAACCCAUCUGAUGCUAAAAAUGGGAAAUUCUUUGAAGAUUCUCCUGAGAGUCAAAAUUUGUCUGGGAAUGGAGGCUCUAAUGAUUCAAUGACUGUUGUAGGGGAGAAAGCAAUAGUGUUUUCUCAGUGGACGAGGAUGCUAGAUUUGCUUGAAGUAUGUCUUAAAAAUUCUUCAAUUCAGUAUAGAAGGCUUGAUGGAACAAUGUCAGUUGUUGCUAGAGAUAAAGCUGUUAAAGAUUUUAACACUCUUCCUGAGGUAUCUGUUAUGAUUAUGUCUUUGAAGGCUGCCAGUCUUGGUCUAAACUUGGUGGUAGCUUGCCAUGUUCUUAUGCUAGACUUAUGGUGGAACCCUACAACUGAAGACCAAGCAAUAGAUAGAGCACAUCGAAUUGGGCAGACUCGCCCUGUGACUGUUUUGCGGUUAACUGUUAGAGAUACUGUUGAAGAUCGUAUUCUAGCUCUGCAGCAAAAAAAGCGAAUGAUGGUUGCCUCUGCAUUUGGGGAGGAUGGAACUGGUGGUCGUCAGAGUCGCCUCACUGUGGAUGAUUUAAAAUACUUGUUCAUGAUGUGAUUAAACCUACAUAUUCACAGAUAAAAGCUUAAUUUUUUUGGAUUGGUGAUUUUUUCCCUGGGGGCAGGGGUACGUGUCAUCGUAGGUGUGUUUAUGGUGACCACUAAAGAAACGGAAACAAGACAUUUUCUAACAAUGGAUUCAUAGUUGUAACAAGAUCGCUAUUGACCCUUGACAUGAAGAUUAUACGAAAUGCUUAUAUGGUUAGAAUGAAUAUUUCAUUCUUUGACCUGAAAGUUUUAGUUUAAUCUCUCAAGUAAGUAUAGGAUGUAGAGAGUUGUAGCAUAUAUAGCAAACAUAGAAAGAUUUCGUGGAUUGUUCUUUUCAGUGUAAAUAACAUAGAUAAUUUUUUUCUUUACCGUUUUCCUCCUUUGGUGCUCCACUUCAUGUCCAUUUUUUUAUAUGCAAUGUUACAGAUUAAAAUCGAUAUCAUUGUUACUGUUGUGCAUGUCACUUUGCCCCGGAGCGGGCUGUUCCAAGUUUUGUCCUGUUAGUGUAAUAUUUAUUCAAAUGUUCUUGAAUAGUUUGUUCAGGAUUUUUUUGAGUAUAUGAAUUUAAAUUUAAU